CCGUGUUGAAUCGUGUAACGAAUAGCACGCGUACACUUUGUUUAAAUUCGUUAUAAAAAACGGUCUAGGUUCUCGAUCAGGUGCAGUGAAUUUAUAAAUAUGAUCGCGUGAUUUGUAACCGUGUUCAUAUAUUUAUCACAGAAUAUAUAUCAGUCAGAAUGUGGCCGUCGGCGUCAUUCGCGGCACGGGUGUGCGCAGGAGUGGCGCUGGCGAUGUCGCUUACCAUCGGGGCUGGCCGACGAGAUUACAAGGAUCCAGAGAGACAGAACUCGGACAUAUCGCUUUGGAUUGAUGAGCGGCAAGUGAGAAUGUUCAGUGGAAUAUCAAUGCAAGUAUUCGCAAUAUUGAACGGCAACAUAUCGCCGUACAUAUUAGAACCUAAUUUCUCCCAUAAACUACCUGUGAUACCCUCUGAAGUGGGCUACGUCAAUUUCACAUGGCGUUCGAAGAAGCGGUACUUCUAUAACUUUGACACACUGACGUCUUCUGACCCCAAAGUCUUGAAACCACCAUACCUAUCCAUCAAAACACAAGGCCGGGUGCCUAAAGCCUCUAAAGAGUUCAGUAUAUUUUUGCCUUGUAUGGGUAAUGUGAGUGGAGUGGCAACAUUUGAAAUAGGCCUAGUGCUCAAAAACGGUCGAGGCACCCCGUUGAAAGGUACGCCCCUCAGGCUAAACCUAAAGAAGGAAUGCGCACAGAGAGGUGUGUAUUUAGAAAGGACAGGGCCCGACCCGGAGUGCGACAAGAAGUGCGCGAACCAGGGCUGGUGCAACAGCGACAAGAUCUGCCAGUGCCCCGAGGGCUACAUGGGGCAGCACUGCCGCACGGCGCUGUGCUACCCGCAGUGCAUGAACGGCGGGAACUGCACGGCGCCCGGCGUGUGCUCGUGCCCGCCCGGCUACCAGGGCCGCCACUGCGAGGGAGGUAUAUGUUCACAAAAAUGUUUAAAUGGCGGAAAAUGUAUACAAAAGGAUACCUGUGAAUGUCCUAAAGGAUAUUAUGGUCGGCGCUGCGAAUUUUCGAAAUGCGUUAUCCCCUGUCUAAACGGGGGGAAAUGUAAGGGCGUGAACAAGUGUCGCUGCCCCGCGGGGCUCGGCGGCAACCACUGCGAGGUGGGGCGCCGCGCGGGCGACUGCGCGCGCGCGUGUCGGCACGGCGUGUGUCGCGCCGGCGCGUGUCGCUGCGAGCCCGGCUGGCGGGGGCGCUUCUGCCAUCGAACUUACGGAUCUUCAGAAGAGUCUGGCGAGUUCAAGAGGCCGCGAUAAAAAAGGCAAUACAUAUUAACACGUCAGCAGAUGUAACUUGUGAUUUCAUUAUUUUUAUAAGAACUUUU